AUGGAUUUCCCGGGAGGCAGCGGGAGGCCGCCGCCGCAGCCGCUGCCGCCGAUGACGCCGCUGCCGCUGACGCGCCAGGGCUCCUCGGUCUACUCCCUCACCUUCGACGAGUUCCAGAGCGCGCUCGGCGGGCCCGGCAAGGACUUCGGAUCCAUGAACAUGGACGAGCUGCUGCGAAGCAUCUGGACCGCAGAGGAGUCGCACGCCAUCGCCAACCCCACCUCCUCCUCCUCCCUCGCCGCCCCGCCGGACCAGCUGCAGCAGCAGCCCAUCCAGCGCCAGGGCUCGCUCACGCUGCCCAGGACGCUCAGCCAGAAGACCGUCGACGAGGUAUGGCGCGACAUGAUCUACUUCGGCGGAAACCCCACCUCCGCCGCGGCAGCGCCGCCCUCGCCGGCGCACAGGCAGCAGACGCUCGGCGAAGUAACCCUCGAAGAAUUCCUGGUCCGCGCCGGCGUGGUCCGCGAGGACAUGCCGCCUGGCCCGCCACCCAUAUCCGCGCCACCACCACCACAACCCACCGCCCGCCCCCAGCCCCAGAUGCUGUUCCCCCCGAGCAACAUGUUCGCGCCCAUGGUGAACCCGCUGUCCCUGUCCAUGGCCGGCCCGUUCGGCGUCAACGGCGGCGGCGGGGCCAACGCGGCGGUCUCGCCGAGGCCCGUCAUGUCCAACGGCUACGGCGGCAUGGACGGCCUCAACCUCUCCUCGCUCUCGCCCCCGCCCAUGCCCUACGUCUUCAACGGCGGCCUCAGGGGCAGGAAGCCGCCCGCCAUGGAGAAGGUCGUCGAGCGGCGCCAGCGCCGCAUGAUCAAGAACAGGGAGUCCGCCGCCAGGUCCAGGCAGAGGAAACAGAGUUAUAUGAUGGAGUUGGAGACUGAGGUGGCAAAGCUUAAAGAGCGGAACGAGGAGUUGCAGAGAAAACAGUUGGAGAUGCUAGAGAGGCAAAAGAAUGAGGUAUUCGAGAAAAUUACCCGGCAAGUUGGACCUACAUCAAAGAGGAUUUGCCUGCGGAGGACACUGACAGGUCCUUGAGUGGAGAUGUCUGCGUCCUGAUGUGCAGACAGACAUUCUGCUGAGGUCUCAGUUUGGUAAGCACAAACUGUUAUGUUUGUACCAAUCUUAGAUUUGAGUUCUGGGAAAACUAUGGUCAGACUGCCGGCUGGGAUGUACUGUACGCCAUUGCUGCUGUAGGUUUGUGUCAUCGCUGUCAUGUUGAUAGAAUCUUGUAAGCUUGUGUUGAUAAACCAUGGCACUGGCCAUGUAGAACCACAACCAUUCGUGCUGUAAAACAUCUGUGUAUUAUCCUUGUGCUGCCGUGCCCAUCUCCCGGCUGGCCGACACACAAUUACUGAACCAACAUCUAGGAGUAAGUAAGUUUGUAUUCACGGAAACUUCUGAUC